AUGCCGGGUCACGAUGUCUUUGGAGCCUUUAAGGGCUUCGUUUCGAUGGCGCCGUCAGCGGUCGCCGUUGCGGGUGCGCUGGUCCUGUUGGCGGUGUGGUAUUUCAGAACAUGGUAUCGCCUGAGGCACAUUCCAGGCCCGACGCUCAAUGCGAUUUCGAUUUUGCCGAUGCAGCUCAUGACUCGGGGAGGGAAGUUGAGCUUCAUGUUGAAGGAGCUGGGUGACAAGCAUGGUCCUCUGGUUCGCGUUGGCCCCAACGAGGUCCUUUUCGGAGAUGCAGAUACCUACCGCAAAAUCUCGGCAGUCCGCUCAGACUUCACAAAGGGACCGUGGUAUGAGCUGGCCAAAGUGGUCCCGGACCAGCACAGCCUGUUCUCAAUGAGAGAUGAUGAGCAACGGAAAGAGUUGAGGGCGAAGCUGAGUGAAGGCUAUGCCGGUCGAGACAACGGUGGUUUCGAGUCUGGGGUGGACAAGAUGGUUACCCAAUUCGUUGACCUCGUCGAAUCAAAAUACGUCUCCACGGCCACCGACUACCGGCCGAUAGAAUUCUCCCACAAGUCCCAGUACUUUGCGCUGGACGUCAUCGGUCAGCUCUCAUUCGGCGAGGCGCUGGGCUUCCUAGCAAACGAUGAGGACCUCUGGGGUUAUGUUUCGACGAACGAUCAGGUCUUUCCAGCACUUGCACUCAUGCUGAACAUUCCGCAUGUAGGCAUCAUGAUGCAGCGCUGGCCAUUCAGCAAGUUGCUGCCAUUUUCCAGUGAUGAGUAUGGGUUUGGCAAGCUAAUGCAUGUUGCUCAGCGAUUGGCUGACAAGAAAAUUGAAUCUGAAGAAGACUCAAAAGGGACCAUGGUCCGACAUCACCUACGUAAUGGUGUCACAUACAAAGAGCUCCUGGCGGAGAUCUUUCUUGAGUUCAUCGCCGGCUCAGAUUCAACCGCCACAGCUAUUCGCAUGACCAUGCUCUGCCUCCUCAACACCCCCGCCACCCUAAACGGACUCCGCCGCGAGAUCGACACAGCAAUUGCCCAGGGCCGGAUCAGCUCGCCCAUCACCGACAUCGAGGCCCGCGAUUUGCCCUAUCUUCAAGCUGUGAUUAAAGAAGGUAUCCGCAUGUACCCUCCUUCAACGGGUCUCAACUACAAGCAGGUCGCGAAAGGCGGGGCUGAACUCUGCGGUUACUUCCUCCCAGAAGGAACGCAAUUAGGCGUCAACGUUCAGAAGUUGAUGAGGUCCAAGGAGACCUUUGGCAUUGACGCGGACGUGUUCCGCCCGGAAAGAUGGCUUGAGGCCGCUGCCGAUGAGGAACGGUUCAAGGAAAUGGGCGACGUCGUCGAACUCGCCUUCGGUUAUGGACGGUUUCAAUGUCUUGGUAAGACCAUUGCGUAUAUGGAGCUGAACAAGAUCUUUGUCGAGUUACUUCGGAGGUUCGACUUCGCGGUGGUCAAGCCUCAAGAGCCGCUGAACCUUUACGAUGCGGCGUUUUGGGUUACGACGGACUUUUGGCUACGUGUUACUCGACGACUUGAUACCGAUCCUUAG